CCGUUUGUUAGUUCAAACAUAUUCAAAGUUUUUUUGCACCGAAGAAAAGUAAAAACUAGAAACCACACACCCUUAAAUUUCCCGCGGAAUGGCUAAUCAUCAGCUCGACAACGACAUACUUCGUGGAUUUGAGCUUCGUCUUCUUCGAUGUACUCUGUCAUCAUCAUCAUCAUCACCGCCUUCUACAACUGCUACUACUAUACCUUCUUCAUCUUCUCCUUCCCCAGCAGCAGAAAACGGAGAUGAAAAAACUCUAUACGAAUUAAUCGAUGAAAUCGUAAGUUUAAUCGAGAAUGGAAACUAUCUUCAGGCUCUUUCAUCUCAAGCUGUCCGUCUCCUCUUCGACGAUUCAUGUCAGAACUCCAUUGAUUCAGUUGAAAAUUUCUACAAUCAAGUUAAUAUUACCAUUGAAUCCUUUUUAUCUAAUCCACUCGAAGAAGUCGGCGAUGAAUCAAACUGGUUUUCCAGGGCUUUACUUGUCAACUGUGUUGCUGUUGCUGCGUUCUUGGCUUUCACACAAAUCAAUCUCACAGGUCCUUUGGAGAAUUUUCCUUCAUUUCCUUUGGCAUCUUUGGGGUCGACAGAAGUCAGCUGUGGAAGGGAAUGGGAUAUGUGGGCGCGCAGACAGCUCAUGUCUACGGGUUCUGAUUUGCACGGAAAAUUUUCGCUUUUACAGUACAUAGUGUUUGCAAAAAUGUUGCUAGUCAAAACCAAAGAUAUAUCAUUUGAGAGGAAGAAUUCUUCUUGUGGUGGAACUAGAACCCUUUCAUGGUGGUUGUCGAGACUCAUUCUCCUGCAGCAGAGGAUCUCGGAGGAGCUAUCAUCCUCAUUGUUUGAUACAUUGCAAGUGUUGAUGCAGGAGACCCUAGACCAUUUUGGUAAAUUGGAGAGCAUAAGUAGUUAUUGGGGUACUCAGUUACACGAGGGAGAAGCAUUAGAUGUUCUGACAGCGGCUCAUUUACAAGCAGGAAUAAUAGAAUAUACAUAUGGUCGGAUUGAUCAUUUCAGUGAACAUCUUAAGUCUGCUGAGAUAGCAUCUGGACUACAGCUUUCGGUCACUGGCAUGCUUGGCUUUCGGACUGUACAUCAGGAGCGACCUGUGUCCCUAAGGGUGCUUGUGGUAAACUCAAAUACAUCUAAACCUCAUGAUAUAAGUCCUACAACAGGCCAAGGAGAUACUACUAGUUCUGAUGACUGUAGACCGAGUUCAAAUUCUUCCGAAACCUAUGGGGUGUCUGACAUAUUAAUGACCCCAAAACUGUUAGAUGAUGGCAAAGUUUCUGAAAUUGGUGCAAGUGACAGUAAAGCUGGUUGGGCUGCCAAUACUAUGUUGGGGGAAAUUCAACAGGCUGUAGUCCUAGUACAAUGCCUUCUCAUAUCGAAAAGUAGCCGCGAGGCCGAAUAUGAGAGAUGGGACAUGUCCCCCUACAUUGAGGCUAUUGAUGCUCAGCAGUUAUCGUACUUCAUAAUUCGGCGUUUUUGUGACUUGUUACGGAUCCGGUGGGAAUCCAGUCGUGGCCGCACAAAGGAGCGCUCAUUGAUGAUGAUGGACAAUCAGGUUCAGGGUAUUUAUAAUUCUUCUCCUGGAGCAGCAGAUAGGAUUCGAUUAUCUUAUGAGGUCUAUGUUCCUACAAUUCCAGCAUUGCGGAAAGAAUAUGGGGAGCUUUUAGUCCGGUGUGGUUUGAUAGGAGAAGCACUAAAGAUAUUUGAGGAUCUGGAGUUGUGGAAUAACGUAAUUGAUUGUUACUGCCUAAUAGAAAAGAAGGCUGCAGCUGUUGAGCUCAUCAAGGAGCGGCUAUGUGAACUGCCCAAUGAUCCAAGGUUAUGGUGCUCACUGGGUGAUGUUACAAACAUUGAUGCUCAUUAUGAGAAGGCAUUGGAAGUUUCAAACAACAAGUCAGCUCGAGCUAAGAGGUCUCUUGCUCGUAGUGCGUAUAACAGGGGGCAUUACGAGGAAUCUAAAACCCUUUGGGAAUCUGCAAUGGCCUUGAAUUCUUUGUUUCCUGAUGGUUGGUUUGCACUUGGAGCUGCUGCAUUGAAGGCUCAGGAUAUUGACAUGGCAUUAAUUGGCUUUUCUCGUGCCGUUGAACUUGAUCCUGAUAAUGGAGAAGCUUGGAACAACAUUGCUUGCUUGCAUAUGAUGAAAGAAAGCUACAAGAAGGCCUUCACCGCAUUUAAGGAAGCCCUUAAAUUUAGACGGAGCAGCUGGCAAAUGUGGGAGAAUUUCAGCCAAGUUUCUUUUGAGAUUGGUAACCUCAGACAGGCAUUGGAGGCUACAAAGAAGGUACUGGAUACGACAAAUAAUAAAAGAAUAGAUGUGCAAUUGCUGGAGAGGGUUAUGGUUGAGAUUGAAGCACAAGCUUUGGAGCAUAGUUGUGCUCCUUCAAAAGGCAAUUCAUCAUCACCAGACUCUGACUCGACGAGGUCACUAGAGGCUGGUCAUUUGGUGGAACUCCUUGGGAAUGUUCUUCAGCAGGUUGUCCGAGGUGGUGGUGGGGAAAAUAUUUGGGGUUUGUAUGCAAGGUGGCAUAAACUUAAAAGGGAUCUCACUAUGUGUUCAGAAGCCCUUCUGAAGCAUGUCAGAUUCUAUCAGGGAGCUGAUUUGUGGAAAAACAGAGAUAGGUUUAAGAAAUUUGCAAAUGCAUCCUUGCAACUCUGUGAGGUAUAUAUGGAGAUCGCUUCAUCCACUGGUAGCUGCCGAGAACUCAAUUCGGCUGAGAUGCACUUAAGAAGUGUAAUUAGGCAGGCAGUAAAUUUCUCUGAUACUGAUGAAUUGAGAGAUCUUCAAGCUUGCCUUGAGGAAGUAAAGAAGCGAAUAGAAGCGGCUUCAAUAUCAUCUAAUGGUAACAUAGUUGUCUGAAAAAAUAAAUCCCAACGUACAAGGUAGUGUAUGGGCAAAUAUACACUUCAGAUAGAGACCACAGUCUGGUUGCGCAAGGCAGCACGAGUAAUUGUAAUGGGAUUUUUUCCCCACAAAGCAUUUUGAUCUGAUGUCACUCCAUUGAUUUGAUAACCAGGAGAGAGGCUGAAGACAAAGUCAUAAACCUCUGCAAUUAUUGCGAAAAUGGAAGCGAGAGGAGUUAGUGCAGCAAGACGCGAGAGCAGCAGAAAGUUUUGAAAGUGGUCGAAAGGGGUCAUCUACUUAUUUUAUUAAAAGUAGUGCACCAUGAAGUAAUGUUUACUUUUAUGUUCAAAAUGUUCCGACUUCACAUGAAUGAUUCAGUAAACUUAAUUGCGCUUGAUAUAGCAAAUCAGCAACGAAUAAUUUAGCUGUGCGAAGAAAAUGCGUCCUCAUAGGAGUAUGUGAUUAUUCAUCACUAAGCUUCAUUCAAUACUCAACAAGUACAUCAUGAUUCAUGAAUCAACAAGUUUGCUUUAGGAUUCAGUUAAAAAUCCAAAUUUUUUAAUAUUUGUAAACUUAAAUUUGUGUGGUAUCCAAAAUUUGUAAUCUCUGGUUUAUUAUUAUUAUUAUUAUUAUUAUUAUUA